AUGAAUUAACUCAUUUUAUUCAUAAGCAUAUUUGGAAUCGUAACAGCCAUUCCAAAGAAAUUAAUGCAGAUUGAUGAAUCCAUUUCAAAUCUAGACUAAAAUCACAUCAUCAAUUAGAAAGAUUAUUAAAAUAAAAUCACAUCUUAAUAAAAUGAAAUCAUAUUAAUAGAUUAGAUUACUGAUUGGGAACUAGCAAAAUAAGCUUUUGUUAACCAACUUUAAGAAGUUUAUGAUCAUUGUUAAGUUAUCCUAUUAAAUUAGGAAUUGGUUGGACUGAUUCUAAUAUUGAUUAUAUGCUACUCGUUUUAUUUGAUGAUUAAAUAAGAAGACAUGAAAUUAAAGUAAAAAAACAAAAACAAAUAAUAAAAAUAAUAAAAGAUGAAAAAAAAUAGCAAUCCAUUAACUAUUCAAAUUCUUAGUGAUUCAUUAGAACAUAAUAAUUAAGGAUUACCUUAAAUUUCUACUAUAAAUGGUUCAAUUUAAUAUGCAGAAAGAGUGUUUAUAUUUUUAAAAUAUUAUUUUUAGAAAUAAGACCAUAGAAGACUUAAUUGUAAAUGAAAAAGGAAUCUUGUAAAGGUCGAGCUCUCAUCCAUUAUUGAAUAAGUAAGAUUAGUCAAUAGAAGAACUUAAUUGCUUAUUAAGAGAGAUAUGAAUUGAAU